UUAAUAUUGAGCCAAAACAUGUUGUCCAUUUAUUUGCAUUCUAAUUGAGUUGGUAGAGCUGUUUAAACCAUCUGCAAUCAGUUGCUUCCUUAACUUCAAAUUUAAAUGAAAUUAUGAAAAUUUCUUGGGUUCUUUCUAGGUGUUGGGAGAAGUAAAAUAGGUUCGAUUUUUUGCUUUUCUUCUUCCCAAAGCCUGUCUUGAAAGUAUUAUGCCCAAAGUAAUAUUUUUUAUUGAAGAGAGAUGAUGUAAACCCUGAAAAAAUCUCAAGGAAAAACAUUCAGUACAUUAAGUCCCUCUAUAAUCUGAUGGGCAGUAAUUGUCCAUAUUCUGAAUGUAAAAGACAUGUUUCUAGAUUUGGAGUUACAUGUUACAAACUCUGUUUGGAAUUUGGCUGUGUCCAAAGACAGUAUUUGUUUGCAAAGGUGAUGUUCAGAGGUGUCUACUGGUUGCAGCACUCACAUUGGAUUAAUUUGUGUGGGGUGAUGUGAAGCUCAGACUUCUCUGAGCUUCUCUGAAUGUAAACUUUAUUUCCACCUCCUGGCUGUAAAGGAGGGAAAGCAAAGAAUUCUACCCAUCUUACUUGUGUUCUUUAUUACAUUUUAGUCCUUCUUGCUUUUUUUUAAUUUGGGUUCUCAUUUGGUAUUUCUACUGCAUUUCUCAUUGUUUCAUUAUUUGAAAUCCAAGACCAUAUGUUAAAGUUUUGUAUGAGGCAUUGUCCUCCCCUGAAUGGGCAAGGGGCUGAGCUGAACUGGGUGGGAUUUGGCUCUUACAAUUGUGGAGAGUCUAAUACUUCAUCUACAGUUUAUACUGGGCGAAAAUCAUCCCUUUUGAUACUACUUUUAGAAAAGAUUAUAAUAUUUUAAGCAAAUUAUCAGUCUAUCCAGUCAGUUUACAGCACUAUUUUAUAAGUCACUCAUCAGCAUUACUGACUUUUACUUUAAAAGUAUGUAUCAGGUCCUGAUGAAUUUUUCAUAAAAGUAGAAGAGCUCCCUUUAAUUUCUUUUGCUGACUAUGGUACAGAGACUCUCACUUCUCUGUAGGGCUUGUUUAGUAUUUUGGUACAAUAAUUUAUUAUUUUUUGGUAACACCUAGAAAAUCCAGUUGAGGUUGAAGUCUAAUUUUUCUAAAAGUUGUGUAAAGUGAGAGAUGGCUCCUGUCCUGAAUUGAUUACAAUCUAAAAAAGAGAAGUCUUAGAUACCUGUAUUGGGUCCCACGACAGUGUUUGCGAUCUGUUGAUGGAAUGGACACCUUGGAUAUGGAGGAGUGGCAUGUUUGUAUUUGUGCAGGCUGACAGCUGUGUUGUGGGGUUAGGGUUUUGGGGGUUGUGUACCUUGUUACAGUUCUGCAUUCCUAUACCGCAGCUGCAAAAGCACCCCUUCCCCUUGGUGAAUUUUUCUCUCCAAAGGAAGAGCCUUUUGGCUCUGAAGAAUGGCUUUAUGCUCUGCGGUUACUUUUUAGUAGCAGUGAGGAGUUGCUAACACGCUGCCACUAUUUAUUUUGUAAACAGUGCUCCAAGUUGGUUACUUUGUGGUUGCAGCUCCCUUGAGCAGGGUGUCUCCUGCUGUUACAAAAUUGCUCCCUUACGUAAGGGCUGCGUGAUGCCCUCUUUGUGCUCGGGCUGCAGCUGUCGGGAUUUGUGAUUGCUGCCGGCCUGGGGAUGUUGGCAAUGUGUGACACAGGCUUCGGAACACGCCUUUGCCUGCGCCUGUCUUGGGGGGAAGCCACCGGCAAGAUAAAGACUUUGCUGCUGGAGCACCAUCUUUGGAAAGCUGUGAGAGAUUCAGGGUUUGUGCCAUAAUAUGGAUUUGACAACAUCACAGCAUAAUCAUCUACAGAAUCAAGGGGUCAGAGAAUUCAAAACACAAGAGGGGGAAAAAGAAGAUGAACAGAUAGUUGCAAAAAUCAUGGAGAGGCGUUUUUUUCCUGAUCAUAUAGCUUAUAAGACCUGGGAAGGCUUUCACUUUGCUGGCCAUGAGAUAAGAAUUACAGAAGCCACUGAUUGUUACGGGGCAGUCGUCUGGCCAUCGGCUCUUGUUCUGUGUUAUUUUUUGGAAACUAAUUCUAAACAGUGCAAUUUGGUUGACAAAAAUGUGAUUGAAAUUGGAGCUGGAACUGGUUUGGUCUCCAUAGUAGCCAGUUUGCUGGGUGCCUUUGUGACUGCCACAGAUUUGCCAGAACUACUGGGAAACCUUCAGUACAACAUUCUCCAAAAUACAAAGCAAAAAUGCAAACACCAGCCUUGUGUUAAGGAGUUGUCUUGGGGAAUUGAUAUGGAAAAGAACUUUCCUAGGUCUUCUUGUCACUUUGACUACAUUAUGGCUGCUGAUGUAGUUUACCACCAUCCAUUCCUGGAUGAACUCCUUCUAACUUUUGAUCACUUGUGCAAGAAUGAUACUGUUAUUCUGUGGGCCAUGAAAUUUAGGCUGGAGGAAGAGAACCGAUUUGUGGACAGAUUUCAGACACUGUUUGACUUAGAGAUGAUUUCUAAUUUUCCCAGUUUGAACAUAGCCUUGUAUAAAGCAAUGAGGAAAGGCAGGAUGAAAGCCAGACCUUCCAAACUGAAGGUCUGAAAGAGAGAUAUGGGGAGGUGACAGUUGCAGCUGUUCUGCAGCUUUUUCUCGCUUUAAUAAUUUCCAUUUUAGUAGCUGUUGACACUUACAUGAGUGACAUUUCUAGAGAUAGGUAAAAUAAAUCAUCAAAUUCCUAGUGCAUUCCUAUAAAUUCCUAAAUGCAAUUUGCCAAUAGUGAUAUACACAGAAGAGAUACAUCUGCGAAAUUGUCUUGACUUUUAUGUGCUAAGCUGACAACUCUAAUAAUUUUUACAAGUCUUACCAUGAUUGUUAUGGGUCAUAUAAUGAAUAUUUCCAGAAGUUUUCAAUUACAGCUUUGAACAGUCUCUUAUAAGUUUGAACAAUUAUUUUACAAUUUUAGACUAUAAAUCUUUGUAUUUAAAAGUUUUGGUGUUAAAUCUGAUAUUUCCCCAUUUUCACUAUCAUGUUAAUCUUUCAUUUGAAUACUCUUAAUAGGUACAUUAAAUUAGCUGAAAAAACCUCACCACCUGAAAAACACACUUUUGUGAUAAAGGGAUAGAAUACAUUAAUUACUCUUAAUGUAAUGUUUAUGGUUUCAUUUUUCUAUUUAAAUUUAGGGAUUCUUCAACACAAAGAGCACAUGAGGCAAGAGGGAUUUAAAUGUUUUGCUUGUUGUUUGAACAAAGGUCAUGUAUUAGAAGCAUGCAACAACCAGCUGCCCUUUACAAAGACUUUUAACUCUUGGUCUGGAGCUCUGCUCCUCCAAAAAUAGACGGUUAUCUGGACCUGAGGGAGCAACAAUGGAAACAACUGCUGGCUGCUGGUGGCUGGAGGCAGAAAACUAAACCAGCCUGUCAUGGUGUGGCUGAGGCGUGGAUAGAAUUAGAUAUUUGUUUGCUUUUUAUAACUUUCCUCCUAGCCACUCAAUACUGCAUGCUCCUGUUUUCAGUGGCCUAUCCAAGAGUUUUCUUUUGGGGAGGUUAAUAAAAUUAUUCUUUCCACACAAAUUUUCUAAUUCUGUUUGUAGUUGAUUUUGAGGCCUUCAAGUCUCUUUCAGGCUAGAAAAGAGAGCUUUAUCACCUCUACUGUAGCAGGCAACUGCCCUAGUGGUGUGGAGGCUCUGGGGACUGUCAGUAUCUUUUAACUCCUAUUUGUAUUCUCUCAGGGAGUUUUAUUUUUUAUUGUUGACUUCUUGAACUUACUUUUAUUUUUAUCUUUGAUUGUAGCAGAUGCAUGUUGCUUAUUUACUCUGGAACAAGUCUGGGGCAGAACUGUGGUAAAUGUGAUGUGGAAUGUACUUUUUGCCCCAGCUGAACAUUGGUGCCUGGUGUUAGAGGUGAAGUGGUGCAGAGUGGAGAGGCUGAUCUGCAAAACUUUGCCAGUGGGAGCUGGAUAUCCUAGGGCAUCCUUGGUGAAACACAAAGGGUGACCCUAGGAUAAAACUAAAGCAAAUAAUAGCAUGUCUUAGCCCAGAAGCAAAAUGAAAAGAAAGGAAGUUAAGUCUAUAUUUACCUCCUGCUGAGGAAUCACAUGUGUGAUUUUGGCUUGGAGGUUAUUAGACAAAAAUCUAAUCCUCAUCAGUAAAUUUCCUGUGACAAAGUUUGUAGAGGUAGAAUCCUUUAUUGGAUCAAUCAGUAUAGCUACAAAAUUAGACUCUAUACCAGCUGACAGGGAGUAUUACCCCUCCUUACAGAAGUUACUGUGCCUAUGUCCUUAGAUAAUUACAGCUGUAGAAAAACAGGCUGCAGAAUGGAAAUAUUUGGAAAUAAUUUUCUUUCUACACUGUGCAACAGAAAUAGUUUGAUUUCCUCUCCCUGCUUCCUUCCUCUUAACUUGCUUGCAAUCAUUGAAUCGACUGCAGUUGUAACCAUAAUCUUUGUAUCUGAAAUGGCAUCUCAGUCUACAAAUGUUUAAUGGAUAAAUGGAUUGGCACUAUAAUUAGUGAAAUGACCUUGUGGACUCCAAAAUGAUGAAGGCAAAAGAGGAAGACUACAGCAAAGCCGUUAAGUGUGAUCACUUUUAAAUAGCUAUCCUGCUGACUUGCCCUUCUGUUUGAGCCACAGACUGAUCCCUGCUGAGCUUCUGCUGAAUUCAACAGGAGAUGUGUUUGUCAAAUGGAGUCAGGAUUCAGCACUUUAGGCUCAACAGCUUGUUAAUAUGUACUGGAAUGCAACAUCAGCUCUCUUUCUCACAAGUCUGCCUAGCACUGCUGUGUGAAGCUUCUUGGGAAAUCUCUAGUGACUGGCUGCUCUAUUGUACAGACACCUUUUGUCCUCUGGUGUGAUGGGCAGGUUAUUAGCCAUGACCAGUGGAGGGUGAGCCUGUAUUUGGCAUUUGCCUAUGGAGUUUAUUCCUUCUCUCUGAGAAUGUCUCACAUAAAUAUCGAGUAUUACUGACCCCUGAAGUCAGUCAUAAUUUUAAUAACCACUUAUUCUUUGUUCUAAUAGCUCAGAUAAAGGAUCAAACUGUCAAUCAGUGCAUUAUAUUACUAAUACAGAUGGCAUUUGUAGCUGUAGUUUCUGAAAGGCAGGGGGCAAGAAGGUCAGUUAAAUUUGUGGGUGAAAGAGCUCCACUUUUAAAGAAUGCCAAAGGAGGAUCUGCCCGUGCUGGUAGGCUUUUACAAUCUCCUAUAGGGUGUUAUGGAAAUCAAACUAAUUUAAGAGAUAAAUUUGGAUAUAUGGUAAAGGUUCAAUCCAUUCAACGGGUUUUAUGUCUUUCAACCUAAGAGCAGCAGUAUAUUUAAGUAACUUGACGGUAUUUACUAAAUUUUCCACAAACAAUAUGUUUUUCAAGUACUAAUACUUUCAGGAAGGGUUCUUUUUGAAUAAAGUGUAUGUAGAAUUA